AGGAUGACUGAAAAGCCCAAUGGUGUGAAGAGCUCUCCAGCUAAUAACCACAACCAUCACCCUCCGCCUUCCAUUAAGGCCAAUGGCAAAGAUGACCACAGGACAGGUAGCAGACCACAGUCUGUGGCGCUUGAUGAUGAUACUUCCUCAGAACUGCAAAGGCUGGCGGAGAUGGAUACCCCACAGAGGGGGAGGGGUGGCUUCCAAAGGAUUGUUCGCCUGGUGGAGGUCAUCAGAGACUGGGCCAACAAGAAUUUCCGUGAGGAGGAACCAAGGCCCGAUUCAUUCUUAGAGCGUUUCCGUGGGCCUGAGCUCCAGACUGUGACAACACAUCAGGGGGAUGGCAAAGGCGACAAGGACGGCGAUGGAAAGGGCACCAAGAAGAAGUUUGAGCUGUUUGUCUUGGACCCAGCUGGAGACUGGUAUUACCGCUGGUUGUUUGUCAUUGCCAUGCCUGUUCUUUACAACUGGUGCCUGCUGGUGGCCAGAGCCUGCUUCAGUGAUCUCCAGAGAAACUAUUUUGUGGUGUGGCUGGUGCUGGACUACUUCUCAGACACUGUCUACAUUGCAGACGUCUUCAUCCGACUGCGCACAGGCUUCCUAGAACAGGGACUCCUGGUCAAAGAUCCCAAGAAAUUGCGUGACAACUAUAUCCACACCUUGCAGUUCAAACUUGAUGUGGCUUCCAUCAUCCCCACUGACCUCAUCUAUUUUGCUGUGGGUAUCCACAGCCCUGAGGUGCGCUUCAACCGUCUGUUGCACUUUGCCCGUAUGUUUGAAUUCUUUGACCGCACUGAGACACGCACCAGCUACCCCAACAUCUUUCGAAUCAGCAAUCUGGUCCUCUACAUCUUGGUCAUCAUCCAUUGGAAUGCCUGCAUUUACUAUGCCAUCUCCAAAUCCAUCGGCUUUGGGGUUGACACCUGGGUAUACCCCAACAUUACUGACCCUGAGUAUGGCUACCUGGCUAGGGAAUACAUUUACUGUCUUUACUGGUCGACACUGACCCUCACCACCAUUGGAGAGACACCACCCCCUGUAAAGGAUGAAGAGUAUCUCUUUGUCAUCUUUGACUUCCUGAUCGGUGUCCUCAUCUUUGCCACUAUUGUGGGAAAUGUGGGCUCCAUGAUCUCCAACAUGAAUGCCACACGAGCAGAAUUCCAGGCCAAGAUUGAUGCUGUCAAACACUACAUGCAGUUCCGAAAGGUCAGCAAAGAAAUGGAAGCUAAGGUCAUCAAAUGGUUUGACUACUUGUGGACUAAUAAGAAGACAGUAGAUGAACGAGAAGUCCUCAAAAACCUGCCAGCAAAGCUCAGGGCUGAGAUAGCCAUUAACGUUCACUUGUCCACCCUGAAGAAAGUACGCAUAUUUCAGGAUUGUGAGGCUGGCCUGCUGGUGGAACUGGUACUGAAGCUUCGUCCCCAGGUCUUCAGUCCUGGGGAUUAUAUUUGCCGUAAGGGGGACAUUGGCAAGGAAAUGUACAUCAUUAAGGAGGGCAAGCUGGCAGUAGUAGCCGAUGAUGGUGUGACUCAGUAUGCCUUGCUCUCAGCUGGGAGCUGCUUUGGAGAGAUUAGCAUCCUUAACAUUAAGGGCAGCAAAAUGGGCAAUCGGCGCACUGCCAAUAUCCGUAGCCUGGGUUACUCAGAUCUCUUCUGCUUGUCCAAGGAUGAUCUCAUGGAAGCUGUGACUGAGUACCCUGAUGCCAAGAAAGUCCUUGAGGAGAGGGGUCGGGAGAUCCUGAUGAAGGAAGGUCUGCUGGAUGAGAAUGAGGUGGCCGCCAGUAUGGAGGUAGAUGUUCAGGAGAAGUUGGAGCAACUGGAGACAAACAUGGAGACCUUGUACACUCGCUUUGCCCGCCUGCUGGCUGAGUACACUGGGGCCCAGCAGAAGCUCAAGCAACGCAUCACAGUGCUGGAGACCAAGAUGAAACAGAACCAUGAGGACGAUUACCUAUCAGAUGGAAUAAAUACCCCCGAGGCAGCUGCUGAUGAAUAG